UAAAAAGACUGUUUAACACGGCGGGCGAUGGAUUCAGGAAUGUUAUUUUUGCCAGAAUCGAGUGAUAGGCAAUCUGGAUGCACAACUAUUGUUUGAAGCUGCUCCUACAGUGACGCCAGGACAGUGUUGUUCUAGUGACAGUGCGAUUAGGGAAAAUGGGCAGUAGCCAGCACUCCUCCUUUGUGACAUCACUGUAAAAUUUUGUGGAUUUGUACCAUGAUUGGUUCCCUAAUCAAGGAGUUACCAAGAAAAUUGAUGAAGUUGCUUCGGAUGAAAGUUAACCUUCAACGUUACUACCCUAUCACAGUAUUAUUGCAGCAUCAUAUUGAACAAUUUGUACGCACUUGAUACAACUAUGUUAUCUGCUAAUGUGAUCGCUACCCACAGAUCAGAGUGGGUCUCCUUUAAUGAUGAUGCACAAUGCACAGCGUAUGCAAGAGAUGCAGUUGGAGACCACAGAAACUAUUCACCAGCCUCGCUUACAUCACUGGGAGAUGAUAAUUAUUUGAAUCAUGCCAUUCAGCAAUCCUGCUCAUCCAUUCAAGGUAGUCCUUUGGUUAGAAACCAGCAUAGCCCAGCGUGUCUGACACAAACAGCAUCCGUGCCCAGUGGAUGGAUUCGGUUUGAUGAACAGCCAUGGCCUAAUCUUUCACCGCUCCACCCUCAGUCAACAGGUUCAAGAGGGCCUCCUACUUCAGAAGGCAGCUGGGCUACACACUGUGAGGAACCCAGUAAUCUGAGUUUGACUCUAUCAUACACAGAUCUGCAUUCUACUGACACAGAUGAUUUGCACAGCAACAGUAUUUCAAGAUCUGAGUCUCCAGAUACUGGCUCUUUUUAUCAUCACAAUGGAACUAGCAUGGAAACAGUGAACAAACACCCUGAUAACAUGCAGCUGAAUGGGUGCAGAAUGUCUACAGCACGCUUUUCAACCUGGGUGACAUUUGAUGAUGAUCCAGAUCUUGUUUCACCAUUACAAUCAUCUCCUUUAAAACUAGGAGUUUCUCAUAACUAUAAAACUGAAAAGGACAAGACUUUCCAUGGGCCACAAGCUGCCAUUGAAAAAACAGCAUCAAAAAAUAAUUUGGUGGAUUUUUCUGCUGAAGAGAAAAAUGAUGUAUUUGCAUUAAUUAGCCCUACCAUAAACCCCUUUUUGCCAGGCCGCACUACUAACCCUUUCUUGGAUGAAGCACUGCGUGAUGUCCAGCCAUCACCAAUCAAUCCAUUUCGAGCAUUCUUUGAUCAAAAUGAUAAGUCUUCCUUGGUGAAUUCAUUGGCAAGCACAUCUCACAUCUUUCAACAACAAAAUGUACCUGAACCUCUAUUUUCUGAUGCAGAUCUCAAUUGUCGAAGGGAUUCUAUUAUGUCAUCCAAUCAUUCUCCAGAUCCCAUUUCGCCAUGUUUUGGUGGAAAUCUAAAUGAUCAAAGGAAUUCAGCUUUGUUCAGAAAUUCUCCAAAUCUAGCCUCUCCAUUUCCUGCUGUAAGCCUUAACGAUCAGAGGGAUUCUGUUUUCAUUAAGUCACCAAAUCCAAUGUCCUCGUUUUCUGAUGUAAAACUCAGCAAUCAAAGGGAUUCUAUUAUAUUCAGUAAUACUGAGGAUCUGAUUCCCUCAUUUUCUGAUGUAAAAACCAGUAAUCAGAGGAAUUCUGUAUUUAUGAAUUCUGAAGAUAUGACGUCACAAUUUCCUGCUGCUGAUGUAAAUGAUGUAAAAAUCAAUAGUCAGAAGGAUUCUAUUAUGUCAUUUGGUCAUUCUCCAGACUCCCCAUUUUCCAGUUCUCAUGUCAGUGGUCAAAGGGAUUCCGUUAUGUUCAGUAAUGCUUUAAAUCCCACAUUUACAGACAACUCAAUGAACUGCAGCCCUCCCCUUGAAGCUCUAACUCAACUUAAGCAAAUCCAGAUCAUGGAUCCAGAUCAACUUGAGAGUCCUACUUUAUCCUAUGAUCCAUUGCACUCUCCAGAGACAGAAAGCUGCACUGUUAGCUUUAAUCACCUGGAACCUAAAGAUGGAUGGCCAAUGAUGCUGAGAAUACCUGAGAAAAAGAACAUAAUGUCAUCAAGACACUGGGGUCCCAUAUAUGUCAAAAUGCUGGAUAAUGCAUGUUUACAACUCUUCUAUGAAAAAGGUCUUGAAAAGCCUUUUAGGGAGGUCCAGCUUCUGCCCUGCCAUGAGUUGUCUGAACUCAAACUUCAGAACUUUGAUGAAAAUGGGAAAAUACACACCAUAAGAAUAGAUCAAGUAUUAUACAAGGAAAAACGGAAAUACCAUCCCAUGCUAACAGUAGUGCAAGCACCAGUCAGGGUGCAGGUGAUGAAACUGGGCACCACGAGUUAUGAAGAUUAUGUAAGUUUUGUGACUACAGUUCAGGAUAUACUAAUGAAAUUACCAAGUGCAAGGGACAUUUGUGCCAAUUAUUUUGAAGAAGAGAUAACAGUGGAAGUACAGGAUGAAUUUAGAGGUCUUGUGGCUAAAGCAGACAACAAACUCAUCCAGCACUCUGUGGUCACUCAUGUUAGUGUUCUGGCUUUUGUGUCUGGGAUGCCAGAAUGCAGGAUAGGCUUCAAUGAUGUUCAAAUGAAGGGAAAUGAAGUGGUAUCAAGGCAUGACAUUAUUCCCACAACUACAACCAAGUGGAUUAAAAUGAGCGACUGCCAGUUCCACAAAUGUGUGGCUGUUGAUGAAUUCAAAGAUUCUAGAUUAAUUAAGUUUUUACCAUUAGAUGGUCAUAGGUUUGAAUUAAUGCGUUUCAGGACUACCUUUGGUGAAAAGACUCUUCCUUUCUCCCUUAAAACCUUAGCUACAGUUAAAGGUGCUGAAGUAGAACUUCAGUCUUGGUUGGUGACGUCUUCAGGGUUUGUGUCCAAUCAAGAUCAAUUUGCAGCAAUGCCUUGUGAAAAUGUGAUGAUUCGGUAUCCAGUGCCGACGGAUUGGGUUAAGAACUUUCGACGAGAAGGUGUCUUACGAGAGAAAUCUCUGAAAGCCAGAGUGAAUAGGAAUGCCAGCUUUGGUAGUACUAGCAUGUCUGGCUCUGAGCCUGUAAUGAGAGUAACAUUGGGAAGUGCCAAGUAUGAACAUGCCUUUAAGGCUAUUGUAUGGAGAAUCAACAGACUCCCAGACAAAAAUUCAGCUUCAGGCCAUCCACAUUCUUUUUACUGCCACCUUGAGCUGGGAUCUGACCGGGAAGUGCCUGUUAGUUUUGUCCACUGUGUGGAUGUGGAAUUCGACAUGCCCAGUGCUUCAGCAUCCAAAGCAGCAGUUAGAUCAAUUGGAGUGGGCAAUAAGAGUGAUGUGAGAAAAUGGGUUGUUUACAAAGCUCACUACAGUUAUCAGGUGGAAAUGGAACAGAAAAAGUUUCGGGCUCCAAAUGUGGAUGGUAUGGAAACUGAUCAUCCAAACGAGUGCAUUCAGCAGUGAAGCCCUCCAAACUCAAGAGACAAGAUAAUGAACUUAGUUCUGUUGGAAUGCAAAUUCAACCUGUCUAUGCAUCAAUUAGCACAAUGCUGCCAUUGUACAAGUUUCAAGCCCUGAAGAGAACAAAAGAGGAGUUUUGAUUCCAGUAUUUCAUGAAUUUGAUUGGCACAAGAUACAAUGACAGAGGCUGAUAGGAGCCUGGACAACAGAACAUUGAUCCAAAAAUACAUUAAAAAAAGAGUGGAUUCAAACCUCCUUAUAUGGAUUACAUGUAUAAUACUGGUCAUUUUUGCCAAAUACCACAUAACCAAUUUGUAAAAAAUUUUGUGCAUACUUAGAACCUCAAGCAGAGUGGAGGGACCAUGGGGAAUGUAAGCCCUAUUUCAGAGUAAAAUAUUGGUCUUGUUGUUUCUCCCCCAUUUAUUUUUUCCACUUGGGGAAUAAAAGAAUCAUGCAAUAGGCCUCCUUGCCCUUUCCUUGCUGUUCAAUGCCUGUGCAUCUGAGAUUGAGGUUUUGCGAUAGUUAUUUUUUCUAGACGAUUCUGAAAAGAAAAUGUUUAAAUUAAAGAUACACUGUUUCCUUUCUUUGGUUGGCUGAGACUGCAAUUUUCAAAUCGCUUUGUUGUUUUUUUAAACAUGACAAAGAUGCAUCAUCUUUGGAAAAAUGCAAUGUGCCUUCAACUUAUUGUGAAAAUUAAAUGUUUUGCAGAGCUGCGA